AUGGCUGAUUCUGAUGUUGGGACUGUAGUGGGCCUUCCUGAAGAUCCCAUGCAACGAGAGGUUAUGGUAGCCCAAGCGCAAGCUGCUGGGGCAGCUCCGAAUACCGAGCACCCGACGAUGAACGGAGUCGGUGCAACCCGGGCCAGGUCGGGAGUGACGAAUCUGCUGGCAGAAGAGAGUUCCACUUCGGCGACAGAGGAGACAGUUUCCUUUGCUGGACGAGAGGGAGCUCCGCCAACUGAAGGGGGUCCUGGUGGUACAGUGGUUCGAGAGACCGCAUCGCAGCAUAGUCAGGCGGGGCCCGAGAGGCUUGGAACGAACUAUGACUGUGGCGGAGCUGGACCCGCUGAACCGACCGCCAGGAGAGAGCAGGUCACCGCAACUGGCUACAGCACUCCAAGGUCUACAAGACUUCUGCAGAAUGGUGGGCAGCAUUGGGUGGCUGGAUUGGAAAUGCCGAGCUGGGUUACCCGGCUGGGAUCCUACCUGUCGCGGGGCCCGCAGAACGAGUUUUUUCCGAGUCCCCUUGGCGGAAGCCAGGGGUCCCAGAGGUCUUUGCCAGGAGGACCUACCUUUACUUUGCGACCCCCGAGCAGGCCACCUACUUCCCCGGAGACGCCAAGUUCCUCGAGCCUUCCUCAGGAGGCAAUUCAGGCUGAAGUUCAGCGGCAACUUGGACAGGUGUUGCAGAAACUUCAAGAGGCUGAGCGGAGGAAUGAGCGUUUGGAGCAAGAGCUGGCAGCUGAAAGGGGGCAAGCGAUGGCGAUGAAGGGGCUGUAUGGAAUUAGUCCCACAGAACCAAGUCGCCCUUCUGAUCAAGUUCCAUCAGGUCUUCAAGGAGUUCUAGGUCCCACAGAACCAAGUCGCCAUCCCGAUCAAGUUCCAUCAGGUCUUCAAGGAGUUCUAGGUCCCACAGAACCAAGUCGCCAUCCCGAUCAAGUUCCCUCAGGUCUUCAAGGAGUUCUAGGUCCCACAGAACCAAGUCGCCAUCCCGAUCAAGUUUUCUCAGGUCUUCAAGGAGUUCUAGGUCCCACAGAACCAAGUCGCCAACCGGAUCAAGUCCCACCAGGCCUUACAGGUGAUCUCCGGGGUGAGUGGAAUCCGAGGUCAACUGAUGCUCAAGGGUCCCAAGCACCGAGCUUCUUGAGGCCGUUGUUAAGCGGAGGAUCUAGGCCACCUACACCCCCGAUUCCCCGGGAACCAUCGAGUCCUACUGGAGGCCCUGUGGUGGAAAUUUUGGCAAAGGGAAUCAAGCAACUUCAGGAACUUCAAGCUCAAAAUCUGUCGAAGACAACCUCGACUACAGCAUCCCAGGAAGUGGUUAAGCCAGGGACAGUGGCACUGAGCCCACUACCCGAGUAUCGUGCCUCGGAUGGUGCAGGUUCCUCGGCGCUACAGCUGCAAGACUGGAUGGAAGUGGCCACGACGGUGUUAGCUGAUGUGAGUGAGAAUAGCGGCACUUGGUGGUCGGCAGUCAUGGAAUUGGUCAACGGGACCUAUGCCCGGUGGUUGGCAGCCACCCCUUUGGAGCGGUUGCAGAUCACGCCGGAAGGGGCCGAAGCUUUGUGCACGGGACGUUGGACCCGGGUCAAUGCCAGGACUGCUUCCAUGUUGUUGUCUGCAAUGGGUGAAGAGCUUCGUGGAGAGAUGAUAAGUCAAAGGAUUACCCAGAGCUCCCCGCGGAUGGUCUUCCGCCUCUUUGUGUUGUUCCAACCUGGAGGGAGUGCUGAAAGGCAGGAGGUCCUGAGGAAGCUUCAAAAUCCAGGUGAGUUUGUGGCCGGCGAUGGUUUGGAGGAGGCGCUAAAAACCUUGAGGUGCUGGCCGAGAUGGCUGGCCCGGUGCAAGUCUGUCAACAUGUCGCCUCCCGAUGCCUCGGUCAUGGUCAGGGGGCUGAUGAACCUUACAACCAAGCAUAUAUCGGCCUCCCCCGACGCCACAUUCAGGACAGCAAUGCUGAGGACCUCGCUUCGCCUUGAUGCACAACCUUCACUGUCGCAGGUUCAGGACUACCAGAAACACUUGCAGGCUGAGUUGGAGACGAUACUGGCUUCAUCGGGUACCACCUCAACCGGCCUAGCGGCAACCUCCAGUCCUAAGGUCAGGGCCCUUGAUACGUCCGGAAGCCCCAAGAACAAGGAGAAGGAGAAGGGUGGAACCGAGAUGUGUCGCUACUUCAUUAAGCCUUCGGGAUGCCGCCGGGGAAGCAGAUGUACAUUCUCACACAACAUGGCCACCUUGGACAAGGAGACCCGUGCCCGGAAGUGCCUGCAAUGUGGGAGUGAAAGCCACCGCCAGAAGGACUGUCAGGUGAAUGUGAAGCCAGGUGCAAAGACCAAGCCUUCACCCACAUCCUCCACAUCAACUACGACAAGGUCGGCAGGAUCAGCGGGACAGGGUCAAGCAACCCCAACAGUGGCCGCCGUAGCGCCUACUGAGCCUAACGAGCCGGUGCAGGGAACGCCUUGGACAUUCGAGACCUUGAUGCAGGCGGCCCAGCAGGUGAUUCAAUCGCAAGGACAACCCGCCACUGGAGGACCAGAUGGUGGAAAGAGCCCGGAGAAGACUCCAAGCUCAAUGAAGGUCCUGGUGGUCAAGGAUAUCCGGGAGGUGGAGGUGCAGCUGGCAGGAAAUCAUGAUACUCUUCUGAUGCCACCACAAUCGGCUCCCGGCGUUGAUCGGCAAUCCCAGCAGACGAUCGUUCCUCUGGGCGAGCUGGUAAAAAUCCUCGGCUACACCAUGAAGUGGUCCCAGGAGGAGUGCAUCUUGGAGGACCCCAAUGGAGAGGUCAUUCACCUGAGUACCAACUCAGGAUGUCCCCAGCUGUGCGAGGCUGAAGCAUUGGCACUGAUCGCCCGCCUGGAAGAGCGAAAGCGAGAGCGCCUCGAGAAUGAGACCUUGGCUACAGAGGACAGAAUCGCGAAGGUGGCCUCCUACAUGGACCGGUCUUGGUUUGAGUACCUGCUGAACUACACAUCCACCAACAAUAAGGAGGCAGGACUUCGAGCUCUACGGGAUGUGCCAUUUCUGAGGGAAGUUCCGGGGGAAUGCAUAAAUGGGCUGAUACCUCCUGGAGAACCAAAGGGAGGAUGGGAGACCAUGAAGAAGGUGACUUACCUGACAAGGGCCCAGCGACGAACCUUGCUCACCGCUAAGAAGUGGAUAGUGCAUCUCUUCGCUGGGGAGGAGGGACACAUGGAGUUCUACAAGUUCCAUGAUGGCGACACGGUGGUCUUGGAGGUGGACAUCAGACAAAGUCGAGGACAUAACCUCCUGGGUGAUUCGCCAACAUGGGAGAUGCUUCUGUGGGGGGCCCGUAUGGGCAAGAUCGACAUGCUUUGUGGAGGACCACCGGGUCGUGAUGGGCUUGCGUUUUGUCCCAAGGAGCCGGACGCUACGACCCUCAAGCCUUUGUCUUUGAUCUCGAGAAUGCUCUGGCUGUAUGCGGUGGCGGCAACCGGAAGGAUGACUAUGGCUAAGGGGGCACUCCGUCAUAAAGAAGUUGGCUUCGUGAUUGAGCACCCCGGGCCUACUACUUCAUCGCCACCACAACCAAGGGACCAGCGCCCAUUCCUAUGGGAAACCAACAUGUGGAAGGAGUUUAAGGGCGAGACCGGCAUGUUUGAGGUCGCGUUUGAGCAAGGGGGAACCGGAGCAUCGUCGAGAAUGAGCACGGUGUUGGAAACCAACGUCCCCUACUCAAGAGGCUUGGAGGGCAUCAAGUCGGACGACAACCUGAAGGACCACCCAGAAGGUGCAGAUCGAAGCCGAUGGUCACCAGGGCUAGUGAGGGCAUUGACCAUUGCUUUCCAUAUGUGGUCACGGAGUCCAAGGGUGUAUGCCAUGAGUCCCGAAAGAUGGAAGGCCCAUGUAGAUGCAUCUCAUCUCCCGUACCAUAGGGACUGCUCGACAUGCGUCAUGGCAAGAGGGACUGGAAGGCGCCACGCUCGAGUCCAUCAUCCGGACAGCUAUGUCCUUACUUCAGACCUCUCGGGGCCGCUGAAGCCAGGACUAGAUGCAGCUGUUAAGGGAACGCCGGCCUGCAACAUCCGCUACCUGCUGGUUGCCAAGUACCUCUUUCCCAAGGAGUUCGUGCGUGCCUACACAAAAAGGGAACCACCGUCUGAGGAGGGUAUGGUCGAGCAAUCCCAACCUGAACCUGGAGAAGCAGGACUUCAACUUGAGGAAGAAGACGACCAGCUACUCCCGGAUGAUGAGGCCGACUACGAACCUUCCAUCGAUGAUGAGGAUCACAAUGAAGAAGGUGGAGAGCAGUUGGUGGAUCUGAUUGAACCCUUAGACAACAAGGAUGGGGAAGCGAGCAAUGAGCGGGAGGAGGAAUUGGCAACUCAUGAUUCUGAAGAUGGAGGUCCUAAAGGGCAUGCAGCAAUGAGAACUGGAGAUUGCCGUCCCCCCGAGAUGACUUCGCUGGUGUUUGCUGUCGGGAUACCCAACAAUAAGACUGCUACGAUCAAGGGCGCUUUGCAGGACGUCAUCCUGUACCUGGGUGCCCAUGGCCUACCAGUCCUUCGAUUCCACUCCGACCGCGGUGAAUACUAUUCAGCAGCCUUCAAGUCCUGGUUGAGAGAGCAGGGAAUUCGAGGAACCUGGGCGGAACCCGGAAUUCCGCAAACCAAUGGUCAUGCCGAAGCCACCGUGAAGUGGAUUAAGAACAGGACCCGAACCAUGUUGGUGGCUAGUGAACUACCUGUUCGUCUUUGGCCAGCAGCGGCUGAAACGGCAGCUGCCGAACAGCGAGCUGCGGUGCUGGGUUGGAAAUCUUCACUCCUGGCUCCUUUCGGCACAACCGUACAUGUGAAAAAGAGACCGUGCACCGCGCUUGGUCCGAGGAGGAGUGGAGACGUUCGAUCCUCGGUGGAUGAAGGGGAGAUACGCUGGUUUGAGUGGAUUACUGGAUCGAGGCCCAACCUGGUGGAUCCCGGCGGGCCAACUGCAACAUUGGAGGCAGAUGAGGUCGUGAAACCGGCUACUCGUUUGUCCGAAAAAACCAAACUCGCCGAUGUGGUUCCUAGAGUUGCAGUACUGGAGAGGGUGAAGCCGGGAGCGAUCGAGGAGGAGGCUCAGCAGGUGUUGGAGAUCAAUGAGGAGGAUGAAGACAUGAAGUUUGUGGAAAGGUGGUUCAGGGACGGACCGUUACCCAACUUCAAGGCAACCUUCACAGCUGUACUGGUGUCCACCAACACUUUGAAGGAGUUUCAUCAGGAGGAGGAGUAUGGGUUCAACUACAACCUGGAGACGUGGUUCAGGGAGAACUGA